UGUUACUUGUAGUCUUCGUUCAGAUAUUCAGUCUUAAACAUGUGGGAUCCUCCUCCAUAGCAGAGAUUUCGUUACAAAUCGAUCGAUUAAAGCGCGCCAAAGCUUCACAUGUCGAACUUCACUGCCUCGAGUGCGGUGGCAGUUAUGGCGAACUUCGUUUCAAGCUUUCCCACAUGGACCAUAGGAAAAUGUGAAUAUCUACCAUAUGUUGCUUACUUUAGAGGAACUCAAAGAAAGCACGUUAAACAGCUGCAUUCUUUUAUUUUUUAAAGAAAAUUAAAGGGCCGUGCAAAUCUCUUAUCUUCUUAUCCUAUAUGCAGGCAUAAAAUAUUGAAAAGUACUACGAGAGUGACAGAGAUGUAAUCACUAAAUAUCCAAUAGUUCCGGAUUUAUUGUUUAUUGGUAUCUGUUUAGUUCUGCGACUUUUUGCUGGACUGAAAAAUAGGAACAGUUUUUAAAAUAAACUUUUCUUGCCUCUGUUCAUAUAUUCAAUGACUAUGAAUAAUUUGGUAUUCUUAGUAGAACUUGAGCUGUUCUCUAAUAGAAUUUUUAAAUAUCUGAUUUGUAUUUCCAAAAAAGUAUUUUGUCAGUGGCAUGAACAACCGUGCAGCGGGCUACGUGGCAUAAGGAAGUGGCCUUACAUGCGGUGUCCCUAUGAUACAUACUAGGUAUCAGAUACAAACCAAAAUAAGAAAGUGCGUGAAGAGGUCCACUUAAUGUGUCGAGUUCCACAAGAAUUUUGAGCAUCAACGGGGGAAGUAGAAAAAGCUUAAGGGUAUCAUUAAGAAGAAGGAAGACUGGAGUGCAACGAACAAAAAUAAUUUUUUCCUAAUUCGAGACAGGAUUGACAAGUAUAUGCUAUAAUUCUCUUGAGAUAUUCCUGAGCCAGAAAAUUUGCCACAGAGUGACGGAGAAGCGGGAAAAGGCAGGAUGUGGAGUGGCGACUAGCUCGGAUUUUUCCAGACACAAUCUGAAUCGAUUUAUGUUUGAAAAUCUAACUAGUUUCACUACUUGUACACUAAUACUUACUUGCUGUUAGGAUCUGUUUGGAUUUUCGAACAGAUGCCAAUUCAAAUUGAGUUUAUUAAUACAUGUAGGUUACGAUAUUGGAUCAUCACAACAGAUCCUAACAAAAAUUGGAACUUUGCGCUUCAUUAAACUUUUCGAUUUAGAAACCCCAAAAGAAUCUGAUUCAGAGAGAGAGUUCAAAAAACCAAGCAGUUACAAUGUUCUAAAAUCGAAACAGAUCGCUGUAAGAAAGCUUCAAACUACUGUACUUUACACUAUAGAAGUUUAAACUACAUCACUUUAAAGUUCAGAACUUUAAACUUCAACAUUUUAGACCGCAUUAAUUUAAACUACAGCACUUUAAACUGUAGCCUUUGGAAUUGCAGCGUUUUACGCUGGAAAAUUUCAAAAUGCAGCUCUUUAAAAUAAUGCGGCUUAAAACACAGAAAUACAACCUGCAUAAAUUUAAACUAAAACACUUUGAAUUGUAGCAUAUCAAACUAAAGCACCUUAAACUGCCUUACAUCAAACUACAGAUGUUGAAAUGACAAAAUUAGCUGCCCUUUAAAUUUGAAUUUUGACAGAUUAAUUUUCCUAUUAUCAAUACAAAAUAAUUCUUAUAUUUACUUAUACUUAUAAAAAAAAGCUUAAUACAAUUCUACAUGAACUUUCAAACGACUGUCUUUAACAAAAUAUACAUAAUAUGUGCUUUUUAAGAUCCACAGUUUUACAGGGACAUUUCUUCUAAGAAUUCAAUAUCUGCUGCGAUAAUUCGAAAGUUUUAAUUUUAAAAAGUAAACACAAAAAUACUAUGUUUCGUUCUAUUGAGAAGGAACAAAAACAGGCAUUAUUAUCAAACUUAUUUUAUUCAUAAAAACAAACAAAAAGAGGCUAUUGGGACAUGAACAUUGCUGUUUAUGUGAAACAGAGCAGAAAACGAAUUAAGAUGAAUAUUUUGGAAUUAUGCUACAAAUUUAUGCCUUCAGCAACAUUUUAAAGCGAAACAAGUUAAUUUGUAAACCUAUUAUCUCCCUCCAUAAAAUUUAUGAUGUAUGUAUGAAUUAAAUAGUUUUUAUGCUUUCUGUUUUACUUGUCUAUCUGCUUUGAUUUUUUUUUGUAGUGGAGGGAUUUUUACUAAUAAAACAAAGAGUACUGGUCCAAAAAAAGUAAUUAAUAAUAAAUAUGUAGGUCUUUUCUGGGUGCACAAUUUUUUGCCUUUCGGAUUCAAAGUUUUGAAACAUGGAGAUUUAAAGAAAUCCACAAUAGUCAGAUUUCCCAUAAAAAUAAUUAUGAGAAUGUAAAAAUGAAAAUUUCAUGAAAUUAUAUAUUAUAAGAGAAAUAUUAGGAAAUAUUUAUGAACUUUAAACAGUGUUUACAUCUGCAGUGAGAACUCAAGAUUAAAAAAAAAUUGAUUUCAUAAAUAGAUAUGGAAGCCAAUAAGAAAAAAUUUUAUUUUUUCAACUUAAGUUUGAUAAUGGAAUUCAUAUUAUUUCAAGGAUAUAUCGUCAUUAUCUGAAUUUAAAUAAAAAGUGGGCUCAUUACUUUUUGUUGGCUUACUUCUCAACUCGUCAUCAAAUCUUAAAAAUAAAUAUUGCGUGAUUGCUAAGUAACCAUAAAACAUAUUUAUUCGAGAAAUAGAAAUUUCUGCGAAGUUAAAAAUAUAAGAUUUGUUAAAAUUAAAAGAUAAGAUUAAAUUUUCAACAUUCAGAAAGAAUUAUAUAAUAUUUUUCAUUAUUUCCAAAGUAUGUCGACCUAAAAAUCUAAAGUUUUUCGAUCCGGCGUACAAUUUUUACUUUAUUUGAUGAAUUAAAAAACUUGUAGAAGCAAUUUACUAGAUUUGGCCAUGAGUUGAACAGAAGAUUUUAGAAUGGUGCCUGACAUGUUUGAGUUUUCAUUUCGCCUAAGUAAUUUAAUUUGAUUUAUUUUAUUUUAACUAGAAACCUAAAGUCCCGUUCUCAGAUUUCGAAUAAAAAUUAAUAAAAUUGCACUAUUUAAACAAAAUAAAAGUUCAAAUAGGUCAGGUAGAUCUGCUCUUAUACAAUUUGAAACAAUCGAUGAAAUUUUAUUUCAAUAUUUACUUCAACAUAGGUAGAUUCAAUGAUAUCUAAACUUUCAAAAUGUUGUUAUUUUAAUGUCGUAAAAUUAGUUUCUGUACAGAUACUUAAAGAAAAUUUUCUUUACUGCGAUACAACUUCUUGCAAUCUGUACAAUAUCUUGUUACAACAGAUGUUCUGUAAAUAGAAAUGUCCACUGUUACAAACAAUUCUUUUUAACAUCUUUUAUAAAAAUAUAUAUUUAUAUUAUAUUUCAACACAAAGAAAAUGGUUAUUUUCUCCAGUUUCAUUUCUUUUUAACUGAAGUAUAAUAUCCUGACAGAUUGCUAUGCAACAACAUGAUCAGAGUUAUGAAAAGAACUUCAGAAUGUAAAAUAUCCUUAGUUUAACGUCUGGGAAACAACAGAUUAAAAUUUAUGAGGAAAAACCUUAUUUUUCUUGUAAAUUAUAACCAUAUUUAACACAAAAAAACUUAGUAACUAAAUUCUUUUCAAGUUUGUAAAUUAUUCGUGUUUUUAAUAUCAGGAAAUAAAAAUUUAGGGAGGUAAACAUGCGCUUUGCGAGCAUUCAUUUACUGCAAGUGCAAUUAUAAUAAAAUUCAAAUAACUCCGAAGGACAAGAUUGACGUAUCUGAAGAAUGAAAUAACGUCUUAUAUAAGUCACAGAACGUCUCAUAUAAUCUGAAGAAGCACGGCAAUAUUUAUGAUUUAUACUGUUAAUCAAAUUCGUAUUUGAUACAUUAAUCAGUAUUUUCUCUAAUUAGAAAAGAUGAGGAUCGUUUAUACUUUUGUCUUAUACCUGACGGUUAUCUUCAAUUCUAUUGAGUGUUUACCUGUUCGAGACCCUAUUUCUGAUGAUUCUCGUCCUCUAACUUCUAAUUCUUCGGCCAGACCACAUUCUCCGGUCAGGCCUCCUUCUUCUGCAGAGAUUCUGCUUCGUGCCAGGUCCAGACCUCCUCCUAUUAGGUUUGCUCCAGUCAGGCCUCUUCCUGUAAGGUCUUCUUCUGUAAGGUCUCCUCAUGUAAGAUUUUCUCCUGUCAGGCCUCCUCCUGUCAGGCACUCUUCAUUGCUUAUACUUGGAUUUGAACUUGAAGACCGUGGACUUAUUCGGCUUAUUCCCCACAUCAACCCGCACCGGCGAUUUAAAAUACAAAGAUUCAUUUUUCCUGCUGAUAAACCAAUUAGAUUGCGGGGGGCAGGACGUCACUUUGGACCCAUGCCAACACAGGAACGAAAUGUUUUGACAACAUCCACUGAUGUAGUUGUUGCAAUAAUGGAAAAUAAUACAUUUCUUCGUGGAAUAUAUAAUCUAGAUGGAACACGGAGGAUGGGCAUUAGCAUGAGUAAUGGCACGGUUUUUGAAUUGUCCCCAGAAUUAGCCAAUGAAACUCCAUUAGGCACUCGACAUCUAAUCACAAAGAAUUUUAGAAUAAUAAAUGUUAACGAUAUUCUUCCGCACAAUUAA